AUGCCCAGCUUCUUGCAGUUGUCGGCCCAGGAUGGGGAGGACAGUCCGAGAAGCGGAGAGGACCGGUGGAAUCAGGAGCAGGAUCAAAGCUUCCCUUCCGGCCAACAACCCACCAGCCUGAUACAACUUGAUGCCGAAUCGCAAGCACCUGCGAGCUUGCUGGAGCAGGAGGUCUCCAAGUUUGCGAAUCUCUUCUGGAAGCCACUCACUGGAGGCGACCAGCCGGCUUUGCAGAGCUUU